AUGGCAACCAACUCUAUCAAGUUGCUCACUGGCAACAGUCACCCCGAGCUUGCCCAGCUCGUGGCUGAUCGCCUCGGUAUCGAAUUGACCAAGAUUAUGGUCCUGCAGUACUCCAACCAGGAAACCAGUGUCACGAUCGGUGAAAGUGUCCGAGACGAAGAUGUCUUCAUCCUGCAGUCAACACGCCCUAACGAUAUCAACGACGGUCUUAUGGAACUCUUGAUCAUGAUCAACGCUUGCAAGACCGCUUCUGCCCGCCGUAUCACCGCUGUCAUCCCCAACUUCCCUUACGCUCGUCAAGAUAAGAAGGAUAAGAGCCGUGCUCCUAUUACCGCCAAGCUCAUGGCCAACAUGCUCCAGACUGCUGGUUGCAACCACGUCAUCACUAUGGAUCUCCAUGCUAGCCAGAUCCAGGGCUUCUUCAAUGUCCCCGUUGACAACCUCUAUGCCGAGCCUAGCAUCCUCAAGUGGAUCCGCGAGAACUUGGAUGUCAGCAACUGUAUCAUUGUCAGCCCCGAUGCUGGUGGUGCCAAGCGUGCUACCGCUAUCGCUGACCGUCUGGAUCUGCAAUUCGCUCUGAUCCACAAGGAGCGUGCUCGUCCCAACGAAGUCUCCCGCAUGGUUCUUGUCGGUAAUGUCGAGGGCAAGGUUGCCAUUAUUGUCGACGACAUGGCCGACACCUGCGGAACCCUGGUCAAGGCCGCCGAGACCGUCAUGCACCACGGUGCCAAGGAAGUGAAUGCCAUUGUCGUUCACGGUAUUCUUUCCGGCAAGGCCAUCGAGAACCUGAACAACAGCCGUCUGAGCCGUCUGGUGGUAACCAACACUGUUCCCCACGCUGAGAAGAAGGAGGCUUGUGAUCGCAUCGAGACUAUUGACGUCAGCCCCACGCUGGCCGAGGCUUGUCGUCGUACCCACAACGGAGAGUCCGUUAGCUUCCUCUUCUCGCACGCUGUCGCAUAA